CUUAACUUGAAAGAACCACUGCUUUUCUCCGAGUCAGUUGUCGACACUUGGCUCCAGGAGGUCCUCGCUCGAAGAUCGGCUCCGAGGAAAGAAAGUCUUCGAGGAUUCGAGGAGCUUUAGUGCAAAGAUAAGAUGGGUCACUACAACGUCAGAUUUCUCGCUCUCUUAGCAAUCGUAGCAUCUGCAGCGCCAUCUAGCGGAGAGAUAUUGUACGGCGAGACGGCUACCAUCACGUUCGAAGACUGGGCUGCUAACUUGGCCCCGGGCUACACUCUCUCCCAGACGAACAUCGAAGGGCGGACCUGCUACUGCAAGACACCCCUCGCAGGGGAGACUCCUGCCCUGGGCAUCGGCUCCGCAGGUGCCCAGCCUUCGGGGAGCAAGUUCGAGUUCGUCUUCACUGGUGUUCCCCCGUUGUACGACGAAGGUCAGCCGGAGUCUUCCUUCGACUAUUUGUAUUUGACGAAUCCCGCCGCCAGAAAGGAGAAGGAUUUGCUCUGAAGGACUCUCCCUAAAGGACGAUUUUCAAAGGAUCUAUGGAAGGAUUACGCAUCGCCAUUCCUAUGGUUCGUCAUUGACAAAGGAAUGAAGUAAACAAAACGACUUGGGAUUUUUGCUGGAGUGUAUAGAAUAUUGUCCGACCAUCUCCUGUACAAUUUCUCAUCUACAUAGUGCGAAAGAGGCGUGACCAGUAUUAAAAGACCACUUUGGUAUCUGCAAAUUUCGUUUUAGAAAUUUCUAACAUUUGUAGGAAUGUUCAACAAUGGGUAUUUGUGUCUUACUGCUGUCUAUCUCGUGUUUACUUUCCUAACUUUUAACUGUAUGUAUAG